CUUUGAUUGCAGCGCCCUCGCUCCGGCACGUAGUCCGGGCUGGCUUGCGCUCCCCCCGCUGCUGUUGCAUAAUGUCUCCUGAUUUCAGGAAAAUUGAUGUUUUGGUAGAGAAGAGCGCCGGGGAGGCUGAGCCGUCUCUUGGGGAAGGGCUGCGCUCUCUCCUUUCUGGUCCCUUCAGUGGGACUGGCAGCGGAGGAGAGAAGGGGGGCUGAGUAGUGGGGAAUAGUCUUGAUUUUCUCGUUGAGAAAGAGCGUCGGUAGCGUGAACGGUGACGGCAUUCAGAGAAUGCCUGCGCUGCGUUUGUUUGUGUCCGGGGCUGAGUCUGCACAGACGUUUUCCACCCUGUUUGUCGUCAGCGUGUUUUACCAGCGCUCGGGGAGGUUGUGGGAUUUGUCCUUGCAUACAUUGCAUAAUCUGCCCACGGUGAAAUACUGGCAAGGAUUAAGGGUUAAUGUGCGAAUAUGCGCGUACGUGGGCAAUGAUUUGGUAAUUGUAGUGCAGCGUUGGAUAUUGGAUCAUUAUUUGCGUGUAUACUACGUCCCAAACGAAAAGGAUGUGUGUCUUUUUUUUUUUUUUUUUAAACACUCCUACGAAACAUAAAAGGAAGAAUUCCUCGGGUUGUAUUCUGAUCUUGGAUACUACCCGAGCUCGUCCCUUUGGUGUUCUGAACUAUUCUUUUUAAAUCUGGGACAAACCAUUGUGACGUUCACCUCCCACCUUCCUAAUUUUAAUGCAUUCCGUUCGAUCAGCCCUUUUUUUCACCUUAUUGUCAUUGGUUUUUCAGACACGACAAGACAGCACAUAAUAGUUUCCUGGAAAUGUUGCAUUAUGUAACUGACGAAUUUGCUGGCAGUGAGCAUAGGAAGAGGGAGCUAAUUACGUGAUUUUAUAAUCUUGCUACAAAGAAAGUAGGACAAUCUCAGCCUUUAAAAUGUCACUGUAACAGUUUUUUAAAAGGAUAUUUUAAACAAGCAAGUAGACAACUGGGUCAUCUGGAAGACCCCUACUUCGUUCAGUGAGAGGAGUGGGAGAGAUUUAUUCUGGAUGGUAGAACAAAAGGAAGAAUAUUGAUGGAUUUUAAACUGCAGUUUUUAAAGCACUUGAGAACACUGAGGAAAUAACUUCUUCUGCACUGCUCAUAUAGGUUAAGGUGCAGCUGAUGCAGCUGAGAAAAAUGCAGAGCAUCAAGAAGGAGCAGGCAUCUCUUGAUGCUGGUACCAGCGUGGACAAGAUGAUGGUGCUUAAUUCCGCCUUGACCGAAGUCUCCGAAGACUUGACGACCGGGGAAGAACUCCUUCUCAAUGAAGGAAGUGUGGGGAAAAACAAGUCCUCAGCAUGUCGGAGGAAACGGGAAUUCAUUCCCGACGAGAAGAAAGAUGCCAUGUAUUGGGAAAAGAGGCGGAAAAAUAACGAAGCUGCCAAGAGGUCCCGGGAGAAACGUCGACUGAAUGACCUGGUUUUGGAGAACAAACUCAUUGCACUGGGAGAAGAAAACGCCACUUUAAAAGCUGAACUGCUUUCCCUAAAAUUAAAGUUUGGUUUAAUUAGCUCAACAGCCUACGCCCAGGAGAUUCAGAAACUCAGUAAUUCUACAGCUGUGUACUUUCAAGACUACCAGACUUCCAAAUCCACCGUGAGCGCCUUUGUGGAUGAGCAUGAGCCCUCGAUGGUGGCCAGCAGUUGCAUUUCUGUCAUCAAGCACUCUCCUCAGAGUUCUCUGUCUGAUGUUUCAGAAGUAUCCUCGCUAGAACAUUCACAGGAGGGCCCUGUGCAGAAUGGCUGCAGAAGCCCAGAAAGCAAGUUCCAGGUCAUCAAGCAAGAGCCAAUGGAACUGGAGAGCUAUGCCAGGGAACCCAGAGAUGACCGAGGUGCCUACCGAGGGGCCGUGUAUCAGAACUACAUGGGGAAUUCCUUUCCCGGAUACUCGCACUCUCCCCCUCUGCUGCAGGUCAACCGAUCCUCCAGUAACUCUCCGAGGACAUCGGAAACUGAUGAAGGUGCAGUAGGAAAGUCAUCCGAUGGAGAAGAUGAGCAGCAGGUUCCCAAGGGCCCGAUCCACUCUCCCGUCGAACUUCAGCGUGUCCACGCCACGGUGGUUAAAGUUCCAGAAGUGAAUUCCUCUGCCUUGCCACACAAGCUUCGGAUUAAAGCCAAAGCCAUGCAGAUAAAAGUGGAAGCCUUCGAUCAUGAGUUUGAUGGCACGCAAAAACUUUCCUCGCCUGUUGACAUGACGUCUAAGAGACAUUUCGAACUCGAGAAGCAUACCACCCCCAACCUGGUACAUUCUUCUCUCACUCCCUUUUCAGUCCAAGUGACUAACAUUCAAGAUUGGUCUCUCAAAUCUGAACACUGGCAUCAAAAAGAACUUAAUGGCAAAACUCAGAGUAGUUUCAAAACUGGAGUGGUGGAAGUGAAAGACAGUGGUUACAAAGUCUCUGACCCAGAGAAUUUGUUUCUGAAGCAGGGGAUAGCAAACUUGUCUGCAGAGGUGGUCUCACUUAAAAGACUUAUAGCCACACACCAAAUCUCUGCUUCAGACUCUGGGUAAAAUUACUACUGAGCAAGCUCUGGGCCUUUAGAGAUGUCAUUUGCAAUAGAUGAGGACGUUUUGUAUUAGCCUGAAUUUUCACUGGACCUGUGAUGUCAUUUCACUGUAUAACGUUCACAUGUUGUCUGUUGGGUGUCUUUUUGUGCACAAAUUAUUAUGAAGAUUAGACUGUGUUAUCACUCUGCCUUGUGUAUAGUCAAAUAGUCCAUCGCAAAGACUGUAUAUAUUGAACAUUAUUUUUGUUGUUCUAUUAUAAAGUGUGUAAGUUACCAGUUUCAAUAAAGGAUUGGUGACAAGCACAGAA